CUUGGAGAGGAAGCCCGUGACUACUAUCCUCCAGUGAAAGAUGAAACAAAUGGUGUUCACAAACCUUCUACGCAACCAGAAGUCGACCAAACUUCCAUAGUAGCCACCUGCGGUACUGCCGAAGACGACAGUACGACAGCCAUACCUAGUCGAGGGAGUACGGCUGAUGAUCCUGAAAUAGAGGAUGAUGUCAGUGAUGCUGAGCAACCAGGUCCAGCUGGUAUCCGCAAAGCCUCGGCUGCUCCACAGGUACUUGAAUUUGAAACCUCUUAUCACACUAAUAUUAUGCUAGUUAUUUUGAAGAUCGAUGCACAGCAGUUACGUUGUGAUCCUGAUUUUGCCGUGAUAUGCAGUUUCAUCAACAAAUUCUUUACACUUAUGAGUUCGUUAUUCUCUUCCUUUUUUUCCAAUCGCAGAAUUUGUGUAAUUUCCUCCAUCUUAGGAAUGGAGCCAGUCAGCUUCUCCCAGUUGGAAAAUAUGUUCACAACGCUAGAAGAUGGCAGAGUAUCAAAGGAGCUAGUCGAUCUCCAUUUGAAGCUACUACGCCGUUCUAUUGUAAAGACUGUCAGCAAUGAUAGCUUUGAGAAGUGCCUACUCAAAUACCUCAGUAGCACUGGAUUGUUACCGUCAGAAAAGCGGCAGUUAGAAACGUAA